GCUCAUUCACCACUCGAUAGUCGAUAGUCGCACUCCACUACAUUCCCACCCUCCCCGUAAAAUCUCGGGCAGCUCAGCGUUAUUCCUCCGCGUCUCUCUCUCUCUCUCUAGCUCUCAGUAACUCAGUUGCAGCUUCUUCUUCAACAGCUGCUUCAACUUUCCACGACAGCGUUAAACAGUCGAACGAAUAGUCCAAUACAUAAUCUAACCUUUAUAAAUACUUGAAUGGGACUACGACCAUUUCCUUUCAACCGAAAGAUUCACUGACCAAAAAAAACAAUGGCCUUGUGUUGACACAAGUCACUGCCCUGAUCUCGAGUCCUGAUCUUCAGUUGCCUCUUCUGGUUCGGUGAUUUGAGUUUUUUUAGGGCCCGGAAUGUGGAGGCUCGCUCGAUCCGCGGCGUCGAACCUCCGCCGUGCGCGGCGGUUCUCCACGUGCAUCCCUGGUCCGUGUAUUGUCCACAAGCGAGGCGCCGAUAUCCUUCAUGAUCCGUGGUUCAACAAGGAUACUGGUUUCCCUUUGACAGAAAGAGAUCGUCUUGGGCUCCGCGGUCUCCUCCCUCCUCGUGUGAUAUCAUUUGAGCAGCAAUAUGUCCGUUUCAUGGAGUCAUAUCACUCACUUGAGAAGAAUACUCAAGGACAACCAGAUGGUUUUGUGUCCUUGGCAAAAUGGAGGAUCUUGAAUCGACUGCAUGACAGAAAUGAGACGUUGUACUAUCGAGUCCUGAUUGAUAAUAUCGAAGAUUUUGCUCCUAUAAUAUACACUCCAACAGUUGGACUGGUAUGUCAAAACUAUUCAGGGUUGUUUAGACGCCCACGCGGAAUGUACUUUAGUGCAAAAGAUAAAGGAGAGAUGAUGUCCAUGAUUUACAACUGGCCUGCUCAUCAGGUUGACAUGAUUGUCCUGACAGAUGGCAGUCGUAUUCUUGGUCUAGGAGAUCUUGGAGUCCAGGGAAUUGGAAUACCCAUUGGAAAACUUGAUAUGUAUGUUGCUGCUGCUGGUAUCAACCCACAGAGAAUACUUCCAGUUAUGCUUGAUGUUGGUACAAACAAUCAGAAGCUUCUUGAAGAUCGUCUUUAUUUAGGUCUGCGUGAACCUCGGUUGGAAGGAGAGGAGUAUCUAUCAAUUGUUGAUGAAUUUAUGGAGGCAGUUCAUACUCGUUGGCCCAAGGCUAUUGUGCAGUUUGAGGAUUUCCAAAUGAAGUGGGCUUUUGAAACAUUGCAACGGUAUCGAAAAAGGUUUUGCAUGUUCAAUGAUGACAUACAGGGAACUGCUGGUGUUGCACUGGCAGGACUGCUUGGAACUGUAAGGACACAAGGCUGGCCAUUGGCCGACUUUGCAAACCAAAAGAUAGUUGUAGUUGGAGCAGGAAGUGCAGGGCUUGGCGUCCUUAACAUGGCUGUACAGGCUGUAAAAAGAAUGGCAGGAGCAGAUGCAAAUCCUCAGUUUUUCCUUCUUGACAAAGAUGGUCUCAUCACAAACGCAAGGAAGGUUAUUGAUCCAGCAGCCGCACCAUUUGCCAAAGCUCCUGCAGAGAUUGAGGAAUUGGGACUUAUGGAGGGAGCUAACCUCAUUGAAGUGGUUAAGAAGGUCAAGCCUCAUGUGCUUCUUGGUUUGUCUGGAGUUGGUGGUGUCUUCAAUGAGGAGGUGCUCAAAGCCAUGCGAGAAUCAGAUUCUACUAAACCUGCCAUUUUUGCUAUGUCAAAUCCCACAAUGAAUGCUGAAUGCACUGCUGUUGAUGCUUUCAAGCAUGCUGGAGAAAAUAUAGUUUUUGCAAGUGGUAGCCCGUUCAAAAAUGUUGACCUUGGGAAUGGAAAAAUAGGCCAUGUAAAUCAAGCAAAUAACAUGUAUCUGUUUCCUGGGAUUGGGUUGGGAGCUCUUCUCUCAGGUGCUCGUUUGAUUUCAGAUGGAAUGUUGCAAGCAGCGUCUGAAUGCCUUGCUUCAUAUAUGACAGACGAAGAAAUCCAGAGGGGUGUUCUGUAUCCACCUAUUGGGAGUAUUCGAGAUAUAACAGCCGAGGUUGGAGCUGCUGUUAUCCGAGCAGCUGUUGCUGAAGAAUUGGCAGAAGGUCAUGGUGAUAUAGGACCCAGAGAGCUCCGGCAGAUGUCAAAAGAGGAGACGGUGGAACAUGUCAAACACAACAUAUGGUUUCCUGUCUACAGCCCUCUUGUUCAUGAGAAAUAGAGUUCAUAUCGUUUCUCUCUCUCUCCGGUGAAGGAUUUUUUCGCUGCAGACUCUCACCCGAUUUUCUGCAGCCAUUUAUGCAUUCGUGGUUAAUCACUAUAUAAAACUGUAGUACCAGCUCCAGCCUAGAUUGGUAAAAGCAAAAUAGCGGUACCGUUGUUGUAAUGAAGUAUUGUACUAACUGAUUUUAGUUCCCAGUAUAGUCAUUGGAUUUUUGAACUUAA